AUGGUUAUCGACCUGCUACACCACUUGGACACACACAAGUCCAUGGGGAUGGACGGGAUCCACCCAAGGGUCACCCAUUUAGGGGAUGAGGGAAAGGCGGUGGAUGUGGUGUACCUGGACUUUGGUUUCAUCGCUUUUUCAAGCAUGCCACGCCUGGCUGAAAAGAUCAAACUCUUCUUUGCGCUGGCUCCGCUGUACACCUUUUGCCGGGCCAAAGGGCCCGUGUUGAAGAUAGCGUUUUUACCCGUGGUGCUGAAGGCAAAUGCGGGCGGGACCCUCUGUGGCUGGCAGCAGCCCGCGCGCCUGGUGUGCUGCGCGGAGGAUGCGCUGCCAGGGGUGGCUUCUGCGGCGCCGCGCGGGCACCCACGGGGCCUGGGGAAGGCGCCCGAGCCAGAAACCACGCAACACAAAAUGAACGACGCGGCGUCAUUGCCAGAGCAUCUCGGCUUCUACGAGGAACUUCUGUCUGAGGGCAUCCUGCAACCGCUGACUGCGCCCAUUGAAGGCAUGGUAGUGAAAGAAGGCUCCUGCAAUUACAUGGCGCCCCAGGGCAUCUCCUCCGUGGUCAAGUAUUAUUUAAAACAGUCGGGCGCAGAUGUCUUCUAUGAACAGCACGUAACUCACAUCUCUCUCAGAGAUGGGAAAUGGGAAGUCUCCAGGAAAACGGGACCGCCGGAACAGUUUGAUAUAGUUAUUCUCACAAUGCCUGUUCCACAAAUUCUUCAGCUGCAAGGUGACAUUGUAAACAUAAUUAAUGAAAGUCAAAAGCAGCAACUGGAAUCCGCGAGCUACUCCUCCCGCUACGCUCUGGGGCUGUUUUAUGAAGCUGGUGCCCGGAUUGAUGUCCCCUGGGCUGCAGCGUACAUCGCCGAUAAUCCCUGCAUACGCUUCGUCUCCGUCGAUAACAAGAAGCGCAAUAUAGAGUCUCCUGCAAUCGGACCCUCAGUUGUAGUUCACACGACUGUGACGUUUGGAAGCGAGCACCUGGAUUCGGACCCUGCAGAGGUGCAGCAGCUGAUUCUCAGUCACCUGGAGAGGAUUGUGCCAUCCCUACCCAAACCAGCCAGCGUCAAGUGUCAGAAAUGGAGAUACUCUCAGGUUACAAAAGCUGUGCCCAAUUGUCUGGGACAAAUGAUCCUUCAUACUGAACCUCUCCUGAUUUGUGGGGGCGAUGGAUUUACUCAUUCCAACUUCGAUGGCUGCAUAGAUUCUGCUAUGAGCCUUGCAGAGGCUGUGAAGUCUCAUUUAUAGCAAUUUCAAAGUCAGCUGCUAAUCUUAGUCUGGAUUUAUGAUGAGUUUUACUACGGCGGAUUGAAUUCUAACUUAGC